GAUCACGUGACCACAUGACGUCAUCAGAGGGCCUCUCUCCCUCUAGCAGCUACAGCAUUCACCGUCUGCCUGGAGCCGGGACACACCCGGAUACCGGAGCCGGGGCGGCUUCCGGGGAUCAUGCCUAGCUGCUCUGUGUAGAGGGACAGCGUGGAUGUAGCCAGUCCUCAUAAGAUGUCCCGGAGGAAACAGACAACUCCAAAUAAAGUACAUUGGGAGAACAUGUUUGCAGGAUUGGAGCAACAAGCUUGUGAAGCCAUGAUGAAGACUGAGAUCGUUAAACAGGAAGUGUCUGAGAUGGAGCAGAAUGACCAUAGUAGCAGCGACAGUGAUGAGGAUACUACAAUUGAUGAGCUGUCGUCUCCAACCUCUGAGGAAGACAACAUUGAGAAAGAAGAAGGAGAGCCAUGUGGAAGCAGAAAGAUGAGGAAACAGGAAGGUGUAUCUAUGGUUGCCGAGUCUUUUGACAGUAACCUGGAUUCUGCACUUUUUAUUUGCCCUCUUUGUCAACUGGACUGUAUAAGCCAAGAGCAGCUGAUCACUCAUGUAUAUCAGCACACAGCUGCUGUGGUGAGUGCAAAAAGCUAUCUGUGCCCUGUGUGCGGCCGUGCCCUCAGCUCCCCGGGGUCUCUGGGACGUCAUCUUCUUAUACAUUCAGAAGAUCAGCUUUCUAACUGUGCUGUAUGUGGUGCUCAGUUUUCCACCCAUGACACCUUCAACAGUGAAAAACUGCCAGAAGUUGUGUCCCCAGAAAGGUGGGAGCAGAACGACCACAAAAACCCCAAUAUGGACUUCAAUGCUGUUUAUCCUGCUGGAAUAUUACUUGUGUGCAAUAACUGUGUAGCCUACAGGAAGAUGAUGGCAAACCAGACCCCUGGAGUGCGCAAGUGGGCCAGUCGUAGACAGAAUGAGCCUGUGGAGGCAAGAAUGCAACGGUUGGAGCGAGAGCGUACUGCCAAAAAGAGCAGGCGAGACAGCGAGACCCCAGAGGAACGAGAGCUGAGAAGAAUGAGGGACAGAGAAGCUAAGAGACAGCAGAGAAUGCAGGAGACAGAUGAGCAGAGAGCAAGACGUUUACAGCGUGAUCGCGAGGCUAUGCGCUUAAAACGGGCCAAUGAGACACCAGAGAAACGCCAAGCACGGCUUGUCCGUGAGCGAGAAGCUAAACGGUUGAAACGACGAUUGGAAAAGAUGGACAUGAUGCUUCGGGCACAGUUUGGGCAGGACCCAUCAGCUAUGGCAGCAUUGGCUGCAGAAAUGAACUUUUUUCAGCUUCCAGUGGGAAAUAAUGAGCUGGAACAGCAGAUUCUUGGGAAGAUUGCACUGGACGAUCAGAACAAUGGGACAUUGCACUGACUAUUGGGUUAUGAUUUAUUACAGGGCACGAAGUAACUCCUGUUAGAAUGUGAUACACUUUAAUCAUGUUUUCUCUAUACCUCUAUUGGGUCUCUUCAGAACUGAGAAGCCCAUCUUUUCCCUCCUUGGGUGCUCUGUGUCAAAAAUCCAUUGCUCAGGAUUACAAAUUGGCUGGAGGGAAAUAUUCACUGUCUGCAUUUGUAAUGUGGAUAUUGUAACUUCAUACAAAGGGACUAUUAUCUGAUCUGUGCAGGGUCCAUGUCUAGAGUUGCACAGACUUCUGAUCUCCUCGACCAGCACAGUCCUGAGACUGUGUUAUACAGGGUAUGAAAUUCACAUUUUGCUCACAUGGCUCCUGUUGUGCUGUAUCUGAACUUUGCAGUAAGUGAGCUGUAUGUGUGUAGAUUGUCUUAUUUAUUUGUGUAUGACAGAGUAUUGCUGCGGCAUGUGGAACUGUGUACAAGCCGUGUAAUGUGGAGCUAAUAAAUUAUUUUAAUAUGGGAUUGUGGCUGUCUGCUUC